GUAUUUUGCGGCCAACGGAUUUUCGUUUAGGAAUCAGAAAACGAAAAACGGGAAACGCCUCGUUUCCCGAUUUUAGUUUCAAAGUUUAAAAACGGAAAACGGAAAACGAACCGUUUCCCGAUUUUCAUUUCAAAAUGGGAAAAUAAAAAAAUGGAAAACGAGCCGUUUCCCGAUUUUUGUUUCCUGAUUAAAAAUUUAAAAAUGGAUUUUAAAAAUCCGGCGUGGAAAUCGGAUUUCUGAGUUUUUAUUUUUUUCCCCAAUUCUCACCCGGAAGUUGUCCCCAUACAUUUGACAGUUUCAUGACAGUAGAGGGCGUGCUGCAGUUUCCAUCGUUGUCAAGUGUAUUUUGGAUGUCUGCGGGAUGGCAACGGGCAGUUAUGUCCUUUUUCGAGAAAGCAGACGUGUUACACUUAAGGAAGAUGACAUGUCUGUGGACAAGAUAUGCAGGAUUUUUCAGGUUAAUUGCAGUAGUCUGUACAUUACAGAUGAUGCAAACACUGCAAUAUUUCCAGAGCCAGCAGGACAUUUUUCCAUCCUAAAUCUUUCACAUCACAGUCAUUAUGAGGUCCAUGGAGAUCCAGUUCAUAGUCCACUUCCUGCAAGCAGAUCCCUACCCACUACUGGUAUUCCAUUUGCCUUCAUGCACCGACCCUCACCUUCUGCUCUGACUGACACACCACGGCCUUCAGCUGGAACGCCACGAGCAAGCAACCUGUUCCCAGCAAGAUCUUUCCAAAGGGCUAUCCAUAUUGCCAAAAUAGUAAAUGACAAGCUCAGUACUUCCAAAACAGUCAUCAUUCGCUUUUUGGAAGCUGAAGCAAAUGUGGAAGGAAUAACACAGAAGGUGAAGGAUGCCUUGGGCUGUGAUGAGGUGAUUACCCUGACAGACAGCCAAGGAAAUGAAAUAGUAGACUCGGAGGGCACAAGAAGUUCCCAUUACUGGAAACAGAACUCCAGAAAAAUCUAUGCAAUCUUUGAGGAUGACUUUGUGGAGUUCCAGAAUGGAAGAACAGCUAAAGCAAGGUAAUGUAUGUAAAGUCAAACUCAUUCUCUACACAAGGGCAAACAGUAUAAGUCAUUUUACCUGACAAAUAUUUUUUAAAAGAAAAACUGAAGGCCUCAUAGGCAGAUAUAAGAAAAAUAUUCAUGCAUUUGGCGAUUUCACUAUUUUGUCGUUCUACAUUUAAGUCGAAGG